CAGGAAAGAUACAAGGAAGUGAGAGCUGACAAGAUGUACAGUGGGAAGAAAAAUACACCAGCUUCUACAUCAGAGCUUGGUUUAACUAUGAGACUAAGCUACAAUUUAUUACCUGAUGUACAUGAUGAUGCAGUCAAUGAUGAGCUCGUUGAAGCUCUUUGUCAGUGUUUACAAGAAGUCAGCAGGCAAAGACUACGCUCUAUCCUCAUCUUGUUCCGUCGUCAAGCCAAUCAGGAAAAUUGUCUGGCCCUCAAAGAUCUUGUCAGUAUACUUAAUGAGAACAAGGUCAAGUUAAGAAGUCGUACUACAAAACUUCUUCAAAUAAAGUUUAAUAAGAAGCAUGGGUUGGAUUAUGAGGCGUUAUGGAAACUUAUGGUAGAAGCACAGUCUAAAACAGGUCGAGACAGCGUACUUGCAAUGCAUGGUAACCGAGAUGGUCAAGGCACAUCAGGUAGUCAUCUUAAUAGUGUAAUUAGUGAUGCUCAAGACAAGGAACUACUAACUAAGCUUCAUAAGGUCUUACAGACCAGUGAUGGCUUUGAUCUACAGGAGAUGAGAGCUAAAUGUAAAACCAUUGAUGUUACACAACAUGGUCUCAUUCCAAAGAAAAAGCUUCGUUUAAUCUGCAGUGAAUAUCAUCUUCCUGUAGUUGGUCCACUGUUAUCUACUCUCAUGACCAGAUGUGAUGAUGAAAAGAAUGGAAACAUAAGCUGGCCAGAGUUCUUAUCAAUGUUAGAGAAAGCAGUUCAUUUUACCAACAAUGCCCCGACUGGAAGACCUAAAUCAGUGGCAUCAUCACAGAAAUUCACAUCUCUCUCAGCAAGUGCAAAUGAUAAUUCUAAUAGUAUGGUCAAUAAUAAGGCGAACAUGGGCAAAUCAGAACCUGUUAAGAAAGAACGAGCUCCCUUGAAGAAGCAGAAGAGUGUAACCUUUGAUUCCAAACCAGCUAUUCCUUCUGUAGACAGUGGGGUAUCUCUUACAGUGGGCCAGAGUGUUGAGAUGAUGGGGGAUGAUGAUAUGGAGAAUGAAUUCUUGCGUUCUGAACAAAGACGGAUCAGUGGUCCAUCAAAUGAUUCUAUGCCUUCAGAUCUUCAUCAAGAAACAUCUCUGAAUAUUUCAGAGGAUACCAAGAUCAAGGCUACACAGGAAAAGAAAACUAAGGUUGAUCUUUCUACUACUCUCCCAUCACCUCCUACACAUUUACCUGGUGUCACUAAGAAGCAGAGCAGACCAUCUACGAGUAGAGUGCAAUCAGCUAAACCUAAACCAACCAAUAAUAGACCAGCUAGUAGGUCAGCUGCACGGAGUGCUAAGAAGGUCAAAGUAGCAGAAGGAGUGGGAAAAGCUUCUCCAAGAGGAGCAUCUGUGUCUAGCGCAAAGAGCAAGGAGAAGAAAGCACUAGCUGAGAAGGUUUCUAGUCCAGAAACAUUUAAAGAAAAUAAGUCUCAAGAAGAAGAAGCAAAAGAUGAGGCAAUUUCUUUGAAUCAGUCCAACAAUUCCGCUUCUUCUGCUGUUUCUACUACGACAACAGCUGGCAAAGGGGGCAUCACUGUUGAUUCUGAAAUUAUGACUUGUGAGAAGCAAGCUGAGAUCCCAGAGAAUACUGAGGAUGAUGGUGUGACUAAGGAAGAACCAGCACAGACCAUAGAAGAUACAUCAUCUAGUUCUACCCUUCAAAAGAGUGCUUCAAGCCCCAGUAUAGCAUCCACACAAAUCAGUAAUGUCUCACAUGAUUCACAAGAUUCACAUACUUCAUCACAAGAUCAAAGUGUUGAGUCUGGAAUAGCAAGCCAGGUUUCUCAAGAUUUGAGUUCACUUCAGUCCAUACCAGCCUCUGACCAGCCUCUUAUUUCAUCCAAAAAGCCAGCUUCAGAUUCUCGCUCUGUCCGCUCCUUUGCUAGCAGCAUGGGGGAGGAUAAGAAGAAGAGUGUGGGAUCAUCUCUCAUGCAGUCUUUCAAAAGUCUUAUUAAGAGAGGCAAGAAAGGAGGAGAAGAAGAUGGAGAUGAAGAGAUGGAUGGAGGGGAAGAAGAAGAGCUACUGAUGUUAGAAGGAGAGGAUGAUUAUGAUGAUGAGAAGUUUGAUGAAUUGGACAGUGAAAUAGAAGAUGUGGGAGUACAAAGUAAGACUGAAGUGGAGAAAGAGCCUGAGGAAGAAACAGAAAAAGAGGAGGCAGUUACUGAUGACCCUAAGCCUGAGGUCAAUAAAUUAGAAGUCAUAGUUCAAGGAAAGCAGAUCUCAUAUUAUAUACCAGACAAAUAUUCAGAGAUGCCGAGUCUUCCUGAUCCACCAAAUGCUGAGUUACAACUUGACUGGGUGUAUGGCUAUCGUGGGAAUGACUGUAGAGGCAAUCUUUUUGAAGUAUCUGAUGGUGGAGAGAUUCUAUACUUCAUGUCUAAUAUUGCUAUUAUUUAUAACCCAACACUUAAUACCCAAAGGCAUUAUACAAAGCAUACAGCUGAGAUUCGAAGCAUGAAUGUUCAUUCAGAUAACAUCACCGUGGCAACUGGGCAAGCAAAGGGACCAGCAGGGUCAGAGGUUAAGCCUAUGGUUCAUUUAUGGAAGGUGAAUACUCUGGAAACUCUGUUGGUUUUUGAAGAUGACUUUGAGAAUGCCAUCAUAUGCUUGGCCUUUUCACAUCUCCAGGACUACCUUUUGGCAGUUGAUCAGAGCAAUAUAAACACCUUAUCAGUUUGGAAUUUCAAGACAGGUGAUAAGAUGACAUCAACUACGUUGAACACAACAGUGGUAUGUCAGGCAAGCUUUCACCCCAAGGAUUCUGGUAAGAUAAUUAGCAUUGGUAGAGAGCAUCUAGUUUUCUGGGAGCUAAAAUCUGACGGGGAGGAUGAAGCUGAGACACAUGUAGAACAGACUAUGGCAGCUAAUUUUGAGAACAACAUGAAGGCUAAGUAUGUUAUCAGUAUGUCAUUCCGUGGUAAUGGUGAUCUAAUAACUGGUGAUUCUAAUGGGACUAUCUAUGUGUGGCCAUCUGGUGGUAAUACUAUCUCGCACACCAUCAAUCAUGCUCAUGAGGGUCCAGUGUUCACCUUACAGAUGAUAGGUAAGACUUUGGUUUCAGGUGGUCGAGAUGGAUUCAUUAAAUGUUGGUCACUAGCAGGCAAAGGUGCGGACUCUAAUGGUAAACUACAGAUACCUAAGCAAGAAGGUGGUAUUCGUACAGUACUUCAUACUGGAAAUAAAGUUUACAUCGGUACAACCAUCAACUCACUCUUAUCUAUUGAUUUGAAGGAUAGUACAUUCAUUGUGACUGGAGAGGAAACUACUAAUUGUGUGACACAAGCUCACUAUGAAGAGGUUCACUGUAUGUCUGUUCUAUCUGAUGACCAGUUUUUGACCGGAAGCUAUGAUGGUACAGUGUCUCUCUACAACUUCACUGACCAUCGUCCACUCUGGAGAUACAUGGUCAAAGGGACUAAUAUCCAUUGUAUGGAUGUCCAUCUUGAUACAGGUCUGGUUGCCUUGGGAACUAAGGAUGCAAAUGUCGUCAUUUUGAUGCUUGGUCAAACAACAGAAGAUGCUGAGGUGAAUCGUUUUAAGCUAGGUAAAGGAGCAGCAUGUUGCCUCAAAAUAUCACCAGAUGGUAAAAUGAUUGCUGUUGGUUGCCAAGACAAUCAAAUCCUUAUACUCCAAGCUCACAACAAAGGCAGCACUCUGGAAAUGAUUGGCAAAUUCACAGGUCACAGUGGACCAAUCACAGGGCUAGACUGGUCAAAAGACAAGACUGGAGAGGUGGAGCCUAGCUAUCUGGUUCAAAGUAGUUCAGACCAGAUAGAAUAUCUGAUAUGGAAUAGUAAGACGUAUGAAACUGUUGAGAACCUGGAUGAAGUCCAUAGUGUUGACUGGUCAUCACAGCAAUGUCUCAUGGGGUAUCCAGUAGCAGGUAUUUUUGGAAAAGAAGAAGGACUUGAACAAGCCUCAGUAGAUGUCUGUCAUGAUGAUUGUCCAUUGGUUGUUGCAGGGGGCUAUGAUGGUUAUAUUCGUCUUUACAUGUAUCCUUCUACUCAUUCUGAGGCUCAGUUCAAGCAGUUUGCUGCCCACCCUCAUUGUGCAGUGUGUGUAAGGUUCACAAGGUCUUCUCAACAAUAUCUCUUAUCAGCUGGAUCCAAAGACUAUACUGUCUGCCAAUGGAAAAUUUCAUUUACCAAGCAGUGACUCUUCAAUUUGCUCACCAAUUUAUUCCAGUCUUCUCUGCUCAGAAUCAGAAGAUGAUGUUCCAGGGGGCUAAGAGCUUUGGCAAUUCUCUUUUUCAGUUGCUUACAUUAGGAAAAUAUGUAUGAAUUACAGGACGUAUGUUGUUUUUAUCACAUUGUGAGUCAUUGGGUGAGUAAUAACGUAUGUAGACCUGACAUCACAUUGUGAGUCAUUGGGUGAGUAAUAACGUAUGUAGACCUGACAUCACAUUGUGAGUCAUUGGGUGAGUAAUAACAUAUGUAGACAUGACAUCACAUUGUGAGUCAUUGGGUGAGUAAUAACGUAUGUAGACCUGACAUCACAUUGUGAGUCAUUGGGUGAGUAAUAACGUAUGUAGACCUGACAUCACAUUGUGAGUCAUUGGGUGAGUAAUAACGUAUGUAGACAUGACAUCACAUUGUGAGUCAUUGGGUGAGUAAUAACGUAUGUAGACAUGACAUCACAUUGUGAGUCAUUGGGUGAGUAAUAACGUAUGUAGACCUGACAUCACAUUGUGAGUCAUUGGGUGAGUAAUGACGUAUGUAGACCUGACAUCACAUUGUGAGUCAUUGGGUGAGUAAUAACGUAUGUAGACCUGACAUCACAUUGUGAGUCAUUGGGUGAGUAAUAACGUAUGUAGACAUGACAUCACAUUGUGAGUCAUUGGGUGAGUAAUAACGUAUGUAGACCUAACAGACAUGAUCAAUUUUUUUUCUUGGCUGAUGUGACAACAAAUUAAUUGUAUACGUUUAUUUUAUAGUUGCAUGGAACAAUCAAUAUUUAAAAUGAAAUUAAACAGAUAUAAUAUAUAAUGCUUAGAAUAUAACAUAACUCAUUACAAUACAUGACAUAUGUUGGUAAUACAGUUUGUUAUUGUUUAGGUGUAGGAUUUUAGAGGUUACAAUAAUUUUGUAAGUCCAUUGCAGUCAUUGGUCCAUAGGAGGCAUUGUAGCUCAGUCAGCAAGGGUGCCUGCGUAUUCCAAGCUUGCACUAGAUAUUGUACUUCUUUAAUAUCCUUCCAACAGUGAUAUGGUAAAUGAAUCUUAACUACUUUUGAUAUCACAAAUAGCCUUAGUACACUGUAAUACAUGCUACAGCUUGUUGUAUUAGCUAGGCUAUCAAGAUGUUUAUGUGUAGUUUGAAUCAAUACAGGAGAUGGUGAGUUUUUCUGCAGUAAUCCCCACCUGCAUCUUCUUGUAGACUUAUUGAAUGAUCAUGUUCUUUGUGUCAUACUUUUUAAUACUUUCUAUUGUAAAAUAUUUUGAAAUAAUCAAUUUAUAAAUAUUAAUAGUAUCCAUGUGAAUGCCUUCCACUAUCAUUAAAUAUUUGAAGUUCUUUGCCAGCCUAAUUCAAAUCAAACCUGAAAGUUCUAGGUGUGAUUUCAGGCUUAGAAUAUUGUGAAUAGUAGAAGCAAAUGCAUAUUUUGAAACAGACUGAUGUUCUUGCAACAUGAUUAACAAUGUUGUUAGUUUAAAGAGAAGUGCAAUAUUAUCAACAUUAUGAAUGCAAAGUGUUCACUGUAGAAAAAUAUUGAAAACAAGGAGUAUUUAUAAGAACAUUUGUUAAUUUGAUGGUAUAAGAAUAUUUUUGUUAGUUUGAUGAUCAGUGGAGAUUUUGUGCCGUCUGUUUGUCAUUGUCAAUUGUGUGUUAUAAUAUUCAUGGUUAUAAAUGAGUUUGUACAAAUGUGAGUUCACUUAUAUUUUUGUCUCUCUCAUAAAGCUGUAAGUGCAUUAUUGGUUUAAAACAAAAAUAGUAUAAGUCUAUUCUUGGUCUCUAGUAUACUCUUUUAAGAUCCAAUAUCCUGAGAUGCGAUAGGUAUGAUAAGUUCAUCACAAAUACUCUGAAAUGAUGACUUU